AUGCCGCUUCCAGCCAUGGGCCUUUGGGGAGUACUUUGCCUUUUAAUUUUCCUGGACAAGACUUGGGGACAGGAACAAACCUACGUCAUUUCAGCACCCAAAGUCUUCCGGGUCGGAUCAUCCGAAAAUGUCGUAAUUCAAGCCCAUGGCUACACUGAAGCAUUUGAUGCAACAAUCUCAAUUAAAAGCUAUCCUGACAAACAAGUGACCUACUCUUCAGGCUAUGUUAAUUUGUCCCCAGAAAAUAAAUUCCAAAACUCAGCACUGUUAACGCUACAGCCCAAACAAGUUUCCAGAGAGGAAAACCCAAUCUCUCACGUGUAUCUGGAAGUCGUGUCAAUACACUUUUCAAAAUCGAAGAAAAUACCCAUAACCUACGACAAUGGAUUUCUCUUCAUCCAUACAGACAAACCUGUUUACACUCCAGACCAGUCAGUAAAGAUUAGAGUCUACUCUCUGAGUGACGACUUGAAGCCAGCCAAACGGGAGACUGUCUUAACUUUCAUAGAUCCUGAAGGAACAGAAGUUGACAUCAUAGAAGAAAAUGAUUAUACGGGGAUUAUAUCUUUUCCUGACUUCAAGAUUCCAUCUAAUCCCAAGUAUGGUGUAUGGACAAUCAAAGCUAAAUAUAAGGAGGAUUUUACAACAACUGGAACUGCAUACUUUGAAAUUAAAGAAUAUGUCUUGCCACGAUUCUCUGUUUCAAUAGAACCAGAAAGUAACUUCAUUGGCUAUAAGAACUUCAAGAACUUUGAAAUCACCGUGAAAGCAAGAUAUUUUUAUAAUAAAGUGGUCCCUGAUGCUGAAGUGUAUGUCUUUUUUGGACUGAGAGAGGACAUAAAAGAGGAUGAGAAGCAGAUGAUGCAUAAAGCCAUGCAAGUCGUGACGCUGGUCAACGGAGUUGCUCGGAUCUCUUUUGACUCUGAAACAGCAACUAAAGAACUGUCCUAUGACAGUCUAGAAGAUUUAAACAACAAGUACCUUUAUAUUGCUGCAACAGUCAUAGAAUCUUCAGGUGGAUUUUCGGAAGAGGCAGAAAUCCCUGGCAUCAAAUAUGUCCUCUCUCCCUACACACUGAAUUUGGUCGCUACCCCUCUUUUCUUGAAGCCUGAGAUUCCAUUUUCCAUCAAGGUCCAGGUUAAGGAUUCACUGGAGCAGUUGGUGGGAGGGAUCCCAGUAACUCUGAUGGCACAGACAGUGGAUGUGAAUCAAGAGACGUCUGACUUGGAACCGAAGAGGAGCAUCACACACGACUCUGACGGAGUAGCUUCGUUUGUGGUGAACCUCCCAUCAGAAGUGACGGCGCUGACCUUUGAGGUCAAAACUGAUGCCCCAGAGCUUCCUGAAGAAAAUCAAGCCAGCAAAGAGUAUGAAGCAGUUGCGUACUCAUCUCUCAGCCAAAGUUACAUUUACAUCGCUUGGACUGAAAACUACAAGCCCAUGCUUGUGGGAGAAUAUCUGAAUAUUAUCGUUACCCCCAAGAGUCCGUAUAUUGACAAAAUAACACACUAUAAUUACUUGAUUUUAUCCAAAGGCAAAAUUGUACAGUACGGCACAAAAGAGAAACUUCUCUAUUCAUCUUAUCAAAAUAUAAACAUUCCAGUGACACAGAACAUGGUUCCUUCAGCGAGACUCCUGGUCUAUUACAUAGUCACAGGGGAGCAGAGAGCAGAACUAGUGGCUGACGCAGUCUGGAUAAACAUUGAGGAGAAGUGUGGCAACCAGCUCCAGGUCCACCUGUCUCCAGAUGAAGACGUGUAUUCUCCAGGCCAAACUGUGUCCCUUGACAUGGUGACUGAAGCAGACUCGUGGGUGGCACUAUCCGCGGUGGACAGAGCUGUGUAUGGAGUCCGGGGAAAAGCCAAAAGGGCCAUGCAAAGAGUGUUUCAAGCUUUAGAUGAUAAGAGUGACCUGGGCUGUGGGGCAGGCGGCGGCCGUGACAGUGCAGAUGUAUUCCAUUUAGCUGGGCUCACCUUCCUCACCAAUGCAAAUGCAGACGACUCCCAAUACCACGAGGAAUCAUGUAAAGAAAUUCUCAGGCCGAAGAGAGACCUGCAGCUCCUACAGCAGAAAAUAGAGGAACAAGCUGCUAAAUACAAACACCGUGUGCCAAAGAAAUGCUGUUAUGAUGGAGCCCGAGAAAACAACUACGAGACCUGUGAGCAGCGAGUUGCCCGGGUUACCAUAGGCCCACACUGCAUCAGGGCCUUCAACGAGUGUUGUACUAUUGCGAACAAGAUCCGAAAAGAAAGCAACCAUAAACCUGUACAGUUGGGAAGGAUCCACAUAAAGACCCUGUUACCAGUGAUGAAGGCAGACAUCCGAAGCUACUUUCCAGAGAGCUGGCUAUGGGAAGUUCAUCGUGUUCCCAAAAGAAACCAGCUUCAGGUCGCACUGCCUGACUCACUAACAACCUGGGAAAUUCAAGGCAUUGGCAUUUCAGACAAUGGCAUAUGUGUUGCUGAUGUAAUCAAGGCAAAGGUGUUCAAAGAUGUCUUCCUGGAGAUGAACAUACCGUAUUCUGUUGUACGAGGGGAACAGAUCCAAUUGAAAGGAACCGUUUACAAUUAUAUGACCUCUGGGACAAUAUUCUGUGUUAAAAUGUCUGCUGUGGAGGGGAUCUGCACUUCAGGAGGCUCAGCUGCUAGCCAUCAGACCUCCAGGUCCUCCAGAUGUGUGCGCCAGAGAAUAGAGGGCUCCUCCAGUCACUUGGUGACCUUCGACCUGCUUCCUCUGGAAAUUGGCCUUCACUCCAUAAACUUCUCACUAGAGACUUCAUUUGGGAGAGAAAUCUUAGUAAAGACAUUACGGGUAGUGCCAGAAGGAGUCAAAAGGGAGAGCUACGCUGGUGUGACUCUGGACCCUAAGGGAAUUUAUGGUAUUGUUAACAGACGAAAGGAAUUCCCAUACAGGAUACCAUUAGAUUUGGUCCCCAAAACCAACGUCCAAAGGAUUUUGAGUGUAAAAGGACUGCUUAUAGGGGAAUUCUUGUCCACGGUUCUGAGUAAAGAAGGCAUUGACAUCCUGACCCACCUCCCCAGGGGCAGCGCUGAGGCAGAGCUCAUGAGCAUAGUCCCUGUGUUCUACGUCUUCCACUACCUGGAAGCAGGAAACCAUUGGAAUGUUUUUCAUCCUGACACAUUAAGUAGAAAACAGAGCCUGCAGAAAAAAAUAAAAGAAGGGAUGGUGAGUGUCUUGUCCUACAGAAACGCUGACUACUCCUACAGCAUGUGGAAGGGGGCAGACGCUAGUACCUGGCUGACAGCUUUUGCCCUGAGAGUGCUUGGACAGGUAGCAAAGUAUGUGAAACAGGACGAAAACUCAAUUUGUAACUCUAUAUUAUGGUUGAUUGAGAAGUGUCAGCUGCAAAACGGAUCUUUCAAGGAAAAUUCCCAAUACCUGCCAAUAAAAUUACAGGGUACUUUGCCUGUUGAAGCCCAAGAGAACACUUUGUAUCUUACAGCCUUUUCUGUGAUUGGAAUUAGAAAGGCUAUGGACAUAUGCCCCCUGAUGAAAAUCAGCACAGCACUAGAUAAAGCUGACUCCUUCCUCCUGGAAAACACCCUGCCAUCCAAGAGCACCUUCACAUUGGCCAUUGUAGCCUAUGCUCUUUCCCUAGGAGACAGAACCCACCCGAAGUUUCGUUCAAUUGUAUCAGCCCUGAAGAGGGAAGCUUUGGUUAAAGGUGAUCCGCCCAUUUACCGUUACUGGAGAGACACUCCCCAGCAUCCAGACAGCUCUGUGCCCAACAGUGGCACGGCAGGUAUGGUAGAAACCACAGCCUAUGCUUUGCUCACCAGCCUGAACCUGAAGGAAAUGAAUUAUGUCAACCCAAUCAUCAAGUGGCUAUCUGAAGAGCAGAGAUAUGGAGGCGGCUUUUAUUCCACCCAGGAUACGACUAAUGCCAUCGAGGGCCUGACAGAAUAUUCACUCCUGGUUAAACAACUUCACUUGGAUAUGGAUAUCAAUGUCUCCUACAAACACAAGGGUGAUUUCUACCAGUAUAAGGUGACAGAGAAGAAUUUCCUCGGGAGGCCAGUGGAGGUACCCCUCAAUGACGACCUCAUCGUCACCACAGGCUACAGCAGUGGCUUGGCCACAGUACAUGUAAAAACUGUGGUUCACAAAACUAGUGUCACUGAGGAAUUUUGCAACUUUUACUUGAAAAUUGAUACCCAAGAUGUUGACGCAUCCAGAUACGGUGACUCUGGACAGAAGCGCAUAGUAGCGUGUGCCAGCUACAAGCCCAGCAAGGAGGAGUCAGCCUCCGGGUCCUCCCAUGCAGUAAUGGAUAUAUCGCUGCCUACAGGAAUCGGAGCAAACCAAGAAGACUUACGUGCUCUUGUGGAAGGAGUGGAUCAACUCCUAACUGAUUACCAGAUCAAAGAUGGCCAUGUUAUUCUGCAACUGAAUUCGAUUCCCUCCAGAGAUUUCCUUUGUGUCCGGUUCCGGAUAUUUGAACUUUUCCGAGUUGGGUUUCUGAAUCCUGCUACCUUCACGGUGUAUGAGUAUCACAGACCAGAUAAGCAGUGCACCAUGUUUUAUAGCACUUCUGACACCAGGCUUCAGAGAGUCUGCGAAGGAGCUGCUUGCAAAUGUGUGGAAGCUGACUGUGGGCAACUGCAGGCAGAACUGGACCUGGACAUCUCUGCAGACACCAGGAAAGAAACAGCCUGUAAACCAGAGAUUGCAUAUGCUUAUAAGGUCAAGAUCACAUCAGCCACUGAAGAAAACAUUUUUGUCAAGUACACUGCGACUCUUCUGGAUAUUUACAAAACAGGGGAAGCCGCUGCUGAGAGAGACUCUGAGGUCACCUUCAUUAAAAAGAUGAGCUGUACCAACGCCAACCUGUUGAAAGGGAAGCAGUAUUUAAUCAUGGGUAAAGAGGCUCUGCAGAUCAAACACAAUUUCAGUUUCAAGUAUAUAUACCCUCUGGAUUCCUCUACCUGGAUUGAAUAUUGGCCCACAGAUACAACGUGUGCAUCCUGCCAAGCAUUUGUAGCUAAUUUGGACCAGUUUGCUGAAGACAUCUUUUUAAACGGCUGUGAAAAUGCCUGA